GUGAUUACCAGCAGCCUUUAGCAGUUUAGGACCUGUUAGGCAGGUUCAUACACCAGUGCAUUUGUGUAUUACUAUCGUAUACUUUGGAGACGAUAAUGGGCACAAUGUCCGAAAAACCCUUUCCUCCAUCGCCAGAAACAGCAGCGUCCAGUGUAGCGCAGGCCGAGGACCUGCUGCUGCUGUCCCGGUAUGAGGAAGCAGCUGAUGCAGCGGCAAGCCUACUGCCGGGGCUCGUGGAGCUGGCGGGGAAUCGCCAUUCCCCAAGCGUCGCGCCUUUGCUCCAGCGAGCAUUGGUAGCGGCAGUCCAGGCGCAUUUCUUCUGCGGCAGGCAGGCGCAGUUCGCGGCCCUGGUGGAGGCACUAGGGCUUCAUUCCCUCGCCGUGCCCACGUUCCUGGCCUGGGUGCUCCUCCUGCUUGAGGCGGGCCAGGCGAGCGAGGCGCGCCAACGCGUGGAGACCUACAUGGCCGCCAUACUCACCCUCGCAGCCGAGAAGCAGCACCAGCAGCACAACACCAGGCAGCAACAGCAGCAGCAGCAGCGGCAGCAGCAGCAGGAGAAGCAGCACCAGCACCAGCAGCAGGGGCUGGGGCAGGGGACUGGAGCGCUUGGAUGCGGCGCAGCCUGCCAUGCGCCAGUGCCAGCGCCGGCGGCUGUUGCCACAGCUCAGGACCGCGCGGCUCUGGCGCGUGUGUACAGUCAGGACGUGCUGGUGCUGGGGCUGGGGCGGCAGCAGCAGGCGCUGGACUGGCUGGCACCGCUGGCACCUGCCGCCGCCAGCACUAGCCCCGCUGGUGGUGGUGGCGCCGGUGGUGGCGAUGCAGACAAAGCCGGCACCUGUGACGGUGGCGGCAGCGGUGGUGGCGGUGGUGGGGUUGCUGGCUGCAUUCAGGGGAGCAGCGCACAGAGCGGCGGCGCAGCGGGCGCACGCGCAGGGGCGGCGGCGGCGGCGGCGGCGGCGACGGCUGUGGUGUCUGCGCGGGAGCUGCUGGGCGGUGACGAGGCGGUGGCGGCACUGCGCGCGGAGGUGGAGGCGCUGGUGGCGGCGGCUGCUGGCGCCCGCUACCUGUCUGCUUCCCGCUCCACCUCGGGUCGGUCUGGCGGCAGUAGCAGUGGCAAACAGCACUCCGAGGAUCACCCACGCCACCACCAACAGCAAGCGCCACGGCAGCGCUCAUGCGAAGGGCCCGGCCAACUGCCAGCUGCGGGUCAUGGUGGUGGGGGGGCCUCGGCGGCAGGAGCCGUGGCGCAGGCGCCCUCCGCCGGCGGCCGAGCCGCGGGCGGCGCAGCCAGCAGCUCCGCGGGCCGGCGUUCGUGCAGCCGGAGCACCGAGAUCCAAGCCGCAGCCGGCGCGUUUGGCCGCAGCAGCAGCGGCCGCAGCACCUCCACCGCCAUGAUGUCGGCGCUGGCUAAGCUGGCGGCCGCGGCCAGGUCCUUCGCGUCCGCCGUCGUGGCGCUGGCGGCGCGGCUGGCUGGCGGCGCGGCGGUGCGGCUUACGAGCGCGCAGGCGUGGCUGGUAUGCGCAGCAGCGAGUGCGGCGGCAAAGCUGCGAGCAGGCGUACGCAUCAGCGGUGGUGCCGCUGGCGCCGCCAAAGGCGGCGGACGGCUUGGCGGCGGCAGCUGGGGUGGCGCUUCGGCGGCUCACCUGGCAGCGGCGGUGGUGCUGGGUGCGGUGGUGGUUGUGGCGGUGUCGGCUGAGGCGCCGCACUUGCGGGCGGGGAUGCAAGGGUUGAUGGCGGGGCUGAUGGGGCUGGCAAGGGAGGCGAUGGGCAUGGGGCUGGCGUUGCAUCCCAGUCCUGUGGCAACGAGUGCCAUGGGCCGGUGACGGCCGUGAGUGGCGUGUGGGCCAGACUUGUGUGCGCAGUCCCACCCACCCGACAAGCAUGCAUGCGAUGAUGGGAUGCUCCGGACGACUUUGUGCACCGGACGCGGCGUUAGUUUGGGAGGGCGUUGGGUUGAAGAAAGUGGUUGUCGCCGUUUUCAUGACAUCUGAGCCCCCCCCCAGCGAAGCGUUCCAGGCGUGUGCCUAGUAGGCGCCCGCGUCAAGGUGGCUGGGUUGAUAACGACCCGAGGAGGGGAGGGCUCAGCCCUUUUCCUGCCUCCCUAAGGCAGCCACCUCCUUGUUAUGACAUCUGUAAUUAGGCGAUGCAUAGGCCCGGGCCCUUCUGCAGUGCAUGUACCGGGGUGGCGGGUGCCGUAGACUACCCUGGAUGAUGAGUGCCAAGUCCAAGCGCCAAGCGCGAUCCUCGCACAGUGACGUGUCGUGGGGGGACACAGUGUCUGUGGAAGCCGGUGUAGGAGCGUUCUGUAGUGCAUUCCUUGCGCCUUGGGCCUGGAUGCAGUGGGGUCUGAGCGCAUAUACAGACUCUGGCUUGCAUGCGUGUCCACGUGUUUGCAGGGGGCUAUGACAGCCGGACAGGGCAUCGUCAACUUUGGUUACAACUGUGGCCGUCGAGGAAACCAGGCACUGUUGCCGUGACUUCGAUUGAGAUUGGCCCGAGGAUCUACCAGUACGACCUUGUUAUGCUGGCGGCGCCCGCCGGGCUGGGCGCGUGGCUGCCGCCUGUGUGCGCAGCCGGCGGCUGUGUGAAGCCCAAGCCGGCGGGUGGUGGCGCCAUGGUGGCGGCGGCCUCCUGUACACUCUGCAGCCAUGAGCCCUGAUGAGCCAGGCUCGCACCGAAGUCC